UGAGAUCAUCACCGCCCCUCGAGUGGACUUUAGCUAUACGCUACGGCUUUCUUCGACAGAUUCGUUGAAGGCGAAUCCUUCAAUCCACACUAUGGAUAACAUAUGGACAGCCGGACAGCAGAUGAUGACGAGGCUGAUGAGGAAAAUAUGGCCUGAUCAGCAGGAGGUUCGGGUCCUGAAUUUGACGGAAAUAGAUGAGGAGGAAGACGACGAAUUUUUAAAGUACGAUUUCCCCUUUGAGAACCUGGUGUUCGAAGGAGGCGGUGCCAGAGGAGUCGCGUACGUCGGGACCCUUCGGGUUCUGGAGACGGCUGGAGUUCUCCCCAAAAUCCAGCGGGUGGCAGGAGUGAGUGCUGGCGCUAUCACUGCGACACUGGUGGCACUGGGACUCAAAUGCCAUGAAGUGGCCGAACAGGCGAGCGUAGAAAUUGGCGAAAUUCUUAUUUCCGGGGGGUUUCUGCAGAAAUUGGUCAAGCCUAUCAAUCUGUUCCGGCGCUAUGGCUGGGAGAGAGGAGACGGUCUGUAUACAUUCCUCGGAGACAUCUUGGAAAAAUACACCGGAAACCCUGACAUCACAUUUAAGCAGCUGUACGACAUGGAUUUCAAGUGCAAAGAACUCUGCAUCGUGGUGACGAACCUGGACCAGUUAACGGAAGAGUGCUGUCAUGUCAAGACCACGCCAGACCUUCCUGUCCGCAAAGCCGUCAGGAUGUCCAUGUCCAUACCUGGCCUGUUUGAACCAGUUCUAGAUGACUGUCACGGCUCCAAAGAAUUCUUUGUUGACGGCGGCGUCAUCUGCAACUUUCCCCUCCACUGCUUCGAUGGAUGGUGGCUGUCUAUGAAGGAAGAGGAUUCUCUCCUCAACAGGCUGGAUAAUCUCGACAACCUCAGCAGCAUAAUGCACCCGUCCAACCGCUUCCACUAUGAUAAAGACGACACGGAUAGGACCCUCGGAGUCAUGCUCUAUUCUGACGAAGAUGUGGAGAAGUUCCAACGGAAAUUCCAUGAUCGUCGGAGCCAGGAAGAAAGAGAAUACGAGAGUAAGAGGCCCGACACAGAGACUGCAAGGAAGUACAAAGACAAGAUGAGGCUUGAGACCGUAGAAGCCAUGGAGAACAGGAAGAAAAUGCGCAGCCUCAUCGACAGGUUUCUGACAAGUCUGAAGGAGCAAAACACUGAACAGAACUCAACCAUCAGCAGGGACGAGCUACACAGAGCUUUUACUGAGGCAGGCGACAGCUCUAUGGAGGAAGAAGACAAGAAGAAACUUUUUGGUGAGGCCUACAAAGUUGACAAACUCUUCGACCAAAUGGAUGCCGACAAAGAUGGACAGUUGUCGUACCAGGAGAUCCACGAGUUCUUCGCCAACAAGGGCUACAGCUGGCUGACACGCUGUAUGGAGGAAGAGACUGUGGGGCUGGGAGAUUACACCUUAAAGUACGUGAAACUACUGGAUGUCAUGGGGAAGAGAGCCUACAGCAAGGACCAGGAUGUGAAGAGGUGCAUCGGCGUGGACAGCGACUACGUCAAUACAACAGAUUUUGACUUGGAGGAUGAGGACAAACUCUUUCUGUUCAAGCAAGGAGCGAUUGGAGCUCGGGCCUUUCUCCGAACCUACAUCAAAGACAACAACCUCAAGGAGAGAAAAGACAACUGGAAGACGAUUCGGAGCUACGUUCUUUUUGCUCCAAGGAGAAGCCUCCCGCAGUAAUACGAAACGGAUUGAAAUAACGACCUUUUGGUCAUGAUUUUUGCCAUGGAAGCUGGCUUGAUUUUCUAUGAUAUCUUAUUAUGGUCGUUUUUGUUUUUACGUUCGCCAAGAAGGUUCUGUUUUUGUAGCGUAAUGUGGUUGAGGGUUAACAGCAUAAGUCAAGGAGCUAUUGGUAGAUUGUUAUAAGAUUUGGCAUGUAAGUAGGUGCGGAUGGAAUAUGGUACAGUUUAAAGACAAAGUAUAGUAAAUACAUACUAAGUUCAGUGUGUGCAAAGACUGUAUAUGCAAAAACAGUGGUUGUAGAUAGUUUUAAGUUGUAUUUGUAUCAUGUAUAACGGGAAAACAGGACACUGGUACUGGAAACGAGUAAGACAAGGUGCAUUUUAUACUUUGUGCAUGAACUCUCUGUAUAAAGCUAAGCGCACAACCGACCGUACGUGCUUUUUGGAGGUCACAUCCGCCUCGUUUUUUCUGAGUAGGGAGGGAAUACGUCUACGUCUCAACGUACGUCAACGCACGUCACUCAAGGUUACACAAGGUGUAAGUAUGUGGUACGUACGCCACGCCUGGCCGUGAGCCGGUUGCGUGCACUAUUCGUUGCGCCAGUGGAGAGUUGUUAGACAAAACAAGGUCUAUUUAUACUGUGCACAUGAACUUUCUAUAAGAGAAGCACUUGGUAGUGGUCCUAGAGAGAAGUAAGACAGUACAAGUUACCGGUGUAAUUAGAUUGUGUGUAGAAAUUGUACUGUAUUACUGUGCUGUACAUACAUGUAAGUGUAACAGGGUGCCCCUGUACUAUAGUCUAUACUGUAACUUAGCUAAGGUCCUGGUACUUUUAACAUAUCUUAACUCUAGCUAGAAAAGCAUUGGUAACUCUGACCUCUUCUGAGAAGGACUCAGGGCAAGAGUAGGCGUUCUGAUGACAGCCACGAGUAAUGACCCUUGAAGAGACAUAACGACAUUUCUACCCAGGAGGGCUUGCCUUUCCCUGUACAUCUCCGGUGGACACAACCAUAUAUGGGCAUGGUCAGGGGACUAUCCAGUAGCAUCUUAGAAACUACUAAGGAAGUGACUCAUGAUGAUGUAAAGAGAAAGAAUGUACCUUUUUCUGAGAAAUAUGUGUGUAGGCGGAUAGGAAACAUAUAAAUAGGGAAAUAGAACCCAUGUACUCAGUGUAGUCUGGAGAGGAGAAGAGAGAUGUAGAGUUCUGCUUUGGAGAGAGGGAGAAUACAGACACGUCUUCCAUGUAA